AUGGCCUCCUCCGGCAAGCCUGCUCUGGACGAUUCCCGUCGCACGACAGGAUCGCCGAAAAUGAAGACCCGAGAGAACGCGAAAGAUACAUUAUGCCGCAAUGUGACCAUCUACGGCCGGUGUCGUUAUGAAGAUAAAGGCUGUGCUUUCAAUCACGACCCCCAGAAAGUCAACGCGGCACACCAGUCGGACAGUAAUAAGAAACGAUUUAACGUGGACUCGCCGAGCUUUACCCCCUCUCUUUUGUCGGGCAAUGGCGCAUCUGCGCCCAAGAAAUCCACCAUCUCCCCGAAAGCUGCCAGCGCGGCCCCAUUUCAACCCAGAGUUGCCGCAUCCCGUAUGCCCUCCGAUUCGGAUCCAUAUUCAUCCCCACUGACUGGCAAAGGAUCCAACACCAGCACCCCGAGACAAGAAAUAGGAGCUCCCGAUUGGACGACAGUGGGGGAAGUGCAGGAGUUUGUUCCGCAGGGCUAUGAUGCCGCUCACGUGUCACCCCUUCAAGGCAAUGGGAACGGGGCCAUCGCUGCCGCUGGUGCCUUUGACCCAUUCGUGACAGCCUCACCUCUUUCUGCCACGGGGGGUGUUGGGCCUGUUUCCACCAAUCCAUACGCACAUGAUGCCACUGCUCUAGGAGGAGCUACUUUCUUUGCAAGCCAAACUGGCUUCCAGCAACCUGUCCAAUAUCAUCUUUAUGCUCCUAUCGGCCCUCACAACCAGAACACUCUUGGUUACCAACGUAACGUUCACGACCUCUUCCUCCCCAACGAUUUCCGUGAAGAGCUGCAGAAGAAAGCUGCGGCUACCUUACAAACAUUACCCAACACACAACUGCCUGCGCAAGUCGAUUACUUCCACUCCCUUGUUCCAUUGGAUUUGAGUCAUCAGAAGAACGCCACGACAUUCGGUUACCCUAGCUGGGUUUAUAAAGCGCAGUCGAGCAAGGACGGUAAUUUUUAUGUGCUUCGUCGGCUUGAAGGAUUCCGCCUGACAAAUGAGAAGGCCAUCCGAUCUGUCCAGGCCUGGAAGCGUGUUUGCAGUGGCAGUGUGGUCACAGUCCACGAUGCAUUCACCAGCCGAAGCUUUCAAGACAGCUCACUUAUCUUUGUCACCGAUUAUCAUCCGCUUUCUAAAACACUUUCCGAGCAGCAUCUGGGAACCGGGAAUCGCUUUCAAGGCCGCCACAACACUCACAUCCCUGAGCAGGUUCUCUGGGGCUAUAUGACACAGAUCGCAAAUGCUUUGAAGGCAAUCCACACCAAUGGUCUUGCAGCCCGGGUGUUGGAGCCGAGUAAGGUUCUCCUGACAGGCAAAAACAGAAUUCGCCUGAAUGCCUGUUCCAUCCUUGAUGUGGUCCAGUUUGAUACUCAACGGUCCGUCGCGGACCUGCAGCGACAGGAUCUAGUCAAUUUCGGGCAGUUGAUCGUCACUCUGGGUGCCAACUCGCCGAAUGUGAUGCAUAAUGCAACCAAGUCCAUGGAUCAUUUCACACGUGCAUACAGCCAGCAGAUGAAAAACUCGGUCUUUUGGCUGUUGGGCGGGCUUCAGAAGGACCAGGAACGUACCAUUGACAUCUUCAUCACCGGAAUCUCUUCUCAGCUAAUGUCCACUUUUGACUCGGCGCUGCAUUUGGACGAUCAACUUACAUCCGAUCUCAGCCGCGAACUUGAGAAUGGACGCCUAGUGCGUCUGAUGACGAAACUGAACCUUGUCAACGAACGGCCUGAAUACGAUCACGACCGACAGUGGUCCGAGAGUGGGGAGCGCUAUUUCUUGAAGAUCUUCCGAGAUUACGUCUUCCACCAAGUGGAUGCCCAAGGCGACCCAGUGGUCGAUCUCGGCCAUGUAUUGACUUGCUUGAACAAGCUUGAUGCAGGCAGCGAUGAAAAGGUCACGCUGGUGAGCCGGGAUGAACAAAGCUGUUUCAUUGUCAGCUAUAAGGAGGUCAAGAAAGCACUUGAAUCUUCUUUCCAGGCGUUGAUGAAGCCGACCAGAAGGAUGCACUAA